AUGUCUCUUCCGGAUACUAGAACACUUCCCAACAUCAUAAUUACAGGCACACCUGGAUGCGGAAAAACUUCACAUGCGGAGCAGCUGGCAGAGCAGCAUCUGGAGAUGACGCACAUUAACGUCAGCGUGUUCGCAAAAGAAAAUGGUUGCAUAGAAGGAUGGGAUAGCGAAAGAGAUACUUCGAUUGUUGAUGAAGACAAAUUAUUGGACAAACUUGAGCCCUUAGCCGACAAAGGAGGGCUUAUAAUUGAUUGGCAUUGCUGUGAUAUCUUUCCUGAACGCUGGAUUGAUCUUGUUGUGGUUCUUAGAUGUAAUAAUACCGUUUUGUAUGACCGUUUGGAGAAAAGAGGCUACAAAGAGAGUAAAGUGCGGGAAAACGUCGAGUGCGAAAUAAUGCAGGUUCUUGUGUCGGAUGCCAAGAAUAGUUAUGACCCAAAGAUUGUUGUGGAGCUUUCUAGUGAGGAUGUUGACACGUUAGAUCAGAAUGUUGAAAGAAUUAGCGGAUGGCUUGAUAACUGGAAAGCAGGUCAUCCUGAAGGUGAAUCGAACCGCUUACCAUAA